CACCUUUAUUAAAUUUGCUAUCCGUGGCAGUGGUACAGCUUCGCUGGUGGAAUGUUUGGUUGACGAUGUUACGAGGCACGAUUACCUCUCAUCCUUGGGCGUCGUAAAAAGCCCUUGCCAGCGUCUCUCAUUUCUCAAUGAUCUACACUCCCCUUCGCACGCGCAAUGGGCAGGCUUGCAAAAGACAACUGGAAGCCCACGGUCAAUGUUGUGACCUGGUUCCUUAUGACCACGGCCAUCCUUUGCGUUCUCACUCGGCUGGGCACCAAGUACUGGAUCUUCCGACGUUGGACGUUAGAUGAUUACCUCAGUAUUGUCUCGGUGGUACUUUGCGCAGCGCAGUCCCUCGCCAUGUCGAUGGCGACAGCUCAUGGAUAUGGAGAACAUUAUGGUGGGUUAUCAAGCGCAGCUGUGGACAGCAUUUUAAAGUCCCAACACGCUGCUGCUAUUCUCUUUAUUUCGUCUAUAUGUUUCUCGAAGUUAUCUCUUAUCCACUUCAUCUGGAGCGUGACACCAGCUACAUCCGACCGUCGCAUUGCCAUCGGGCUAGAGAUUUUCAUAGUGCUGUGGGCAGUAACAAGUGUCAUCGCCUCUAUCUUCCAGUGCACGCCGCCUCGAACGUGGGAUUAUCUGAGUGGGCAAUGCUUCAACAUUGGCGCUUGGUGGAAUUAUCUUGCAGCCACGAAUAUCUUGUCCGAGGCGGGAAUCAUCAUCCAGGCCCUUCUUAUUAUUGUUGGGAUCCAGGCACACUGGGCGAAGAAAGGAACUUUAGCAAGUAUCUUUGGGCUUCGCAUAUUUGUGAUCGCUGCUAUUAUCGGUCAACUUGUCUAUGUGAACAGAACCAUUGAUUCCAAAGACCCUACGUUCGAUACCUGGUCGGCUACCGUAUCGACUCAGCUUGUCCAGUGCUUGAGUGUCGUAACUGCCUGCUCCCCACAGUUCAAACCCUUCAUGGAUAGCUUGCGCUCCACAGGUAUGCGCAUUGAUGGAUUGACAAGUUACAAUAUGGCAUCAACAAAGCGACAUGGGUUAUCCUCGUUGCGUUAUCAAUCCACUUUUCAUGGCAGUGAGGUUCACGAGCUUACACCAGUAAGCCCAGUCAAGGACACGUAUGAGACAACGGUUACUGCUUCUGGAGCUAUAUCCGACGGUGACUCAGGGAGUCAGUCGAGUCAAACUCAUAUCAUUCGGGAGGUCAGGACCUUCACGGUGACCGAAUCAGUGCGCGGUCGUCGAGACUAGGUGGAGCUGCGUGCGAUGUACUUCGGAAUGGUUAUCGAGGCAAUACACCCAUGGAUACCACCAUAUUGGCUAUCAUUCUGUGGGUCACUACGAGCUAAUGCCCUCUCGGUCGGUCUUCCGGUCACUUAAAAUAAAUUAAUUGUAAUGGGUGGUCAUCUUGGUCAGUGGAUUCUAUUGGUCGUGC